UCUCUCUCUCUCUCUCUCUCGGUUAUACAUAGUACGCAAUCAUUGAUCUCCUCCGCCGCCGCAAGAGUUCUAAAAAGAUCCUCUCUUGGAAUCCGUCGAUUGCUGCCGGCUACGAGCAAAGUUUCCAAAUCGAAAUAAAAACUCAUCGCAAGAAUUCGUACGAAAAGAAGGCAGAAAAAAUAUUUUGUUGAUCCUCUAUCUUGUUGGAGAUUCACUUUCAGCAUGGAUGUCGCAUAUCGACUAUCUUGGGGCAAUGUGUAUCAGGAGAUUGAAAAAAUGUGCACGAGUAAUAGUUUAGUUCAGGCCGGUAAAGUUAUCGCUGAGAAACUCGAUCAGGCUGUGGGAGAUUGGCUUGAUCCUGAUGCUUGUGUCUCUAAUAACGACACACAAGAAACUUAUGAAGCUGAAUCAAAUGCUUUUGCGGAUACACUAAAUGAAAGUUCUGAGAAUGCUUUACCUGUUGCUGAACCUCUUGCUGGCUGCCAAAAUGAUUCUCUAUCAGAUGAUGAGGCCCUUAAAUCUGUAUCAGAUCAAAUUAAUUCAAUCGAGGAACUUGCUAGCUAUAUUUCACCAACUGGAGCAUGUGAUGUGAAAGAAAGCACUUCUAUGUUACAGGAUUUUACAACUCACAUGGAGGAAAAUGAAUGUGAACAACAGAUCGAAGAUAUUAAGUCACUUGUUUCUGAACAAGACAUAGAAAUAGGGGUUUCAGAGAGCUCCCACAGGGAAGACAUGUGGAACAACAUGCAUGUUCUUGAUCUGAAAUCUGAAGACUUCCAGGAUGUAGAUCUUCAUGAUAGCUGGGAGGAUGAUGAUGAAGACUAUGACCUUGUUUUGGCCUCGUAUCAUGAACCGAGGAAGAUGUCCUGCAAGAAAAAAGUCGUUGCCUUAUUUAUUUCAAAAUUACGAAUGUUGAGCCAUUACAAGAAGGCUGGUACCUCCUGCCGUGAUCUCAAUGCCCAAAAGCAACGUGCACGAGGAGUCCGCUCAUCAUCAGAUUCUGAGAAGGGUUCUAAUCGUGACUUGGAGUCUGAAUGGGAAUUCCUAUAGAUUAAACAGUCAUUUCUUUCCACGUCGUGCCAGAAGAUUGUCGUCUACCGUAGUCAAUGAUCGCUAGAGGAAACUUGGUGGCCAUAUCUAUUCACCAAAAAAAAAAAAAAAAACAUCCAUUUUGAUUAGCAACUACCUGCACUGCUAAAUUUUGUCCAUAUGAGUGAAUAUUUUUAGAUGCAUUCUUGUGUAAAUUCUCAUUAUACAUAGUUUCAUUAUGAAAUGUGUUGAUAGUUCUUUA